GACGGUUACGGUUUCAUUUCAAAUAGAGACUCCAACUACUCCAGGAUGGUGUGUCGAAGCAUCAUAGUACUGUCACUUAUCCUACUGAAAAUCUGUUCCAGUUUGUACGUUCCACCUUCUAAUGGGUGCUAUGCCGUUGGUUGCUCAACUCAACAAGGUUGCACUCCGUGGGACUUUCAUAAAUACCCGUGCUAUCGAACCUGUUACUACAACCGCUACUGUUAUCCUCCACCGCAACCGAGACAAAAAUGCUACAAAAUCACUCAUGAUGCCACCGGGAAAUCUUUGGUAUCGAGUGAUGUUUUCAACGCCACAAAUAAUACCAAAUAUGCUACCGUUUCAAGCAACCCACCUGGUAACUACCUAUGGAAAAUGGAGCCCACUUAUGGAGGGGUGUACUUCAUCCAAAAUGCCAACAAACUGGAUUUCUUGAAAGCGGAUUCCAACGGAACUCGUCUAGUGCUCAACGAAACACUCGAUCGUUCUUUCCAGUUCCGCCCGAUCAACACCAAAGAAGGUGCGUCUAAGAUCCAGCUACAGUCAGCAUUGAGCAACGCAUUCCUGUAUGUACAAACGCACGGCCAAGGAGGCAGCACUGUCGAAAUAACCACCGAUCCAUUUGCCAACUAUUACCAAACAAUCUGGUGCGUAACAGAAAUUUAUUGUUGAAAAUA